UUUUCUUGCUUUAUUUGAUUUCUUCAAGAGGGUUUUUAACUUUUAAGCUUUUAUUUCUGUACUGCAGCAUUCUUACAUCACUUUCCCCUUUCACUCCAUAGUUUUGAAUCCUUAACCUCUGCAAUUUUUAGUUAAUUGCAAACAUUAAUGGCCGGAGGUGGAGCGGCGGCACCGCCGCCGAAACAAGAUGAACUUCAGCCACAUCCGGUGAAAGAUCAGCUCCCCGGAGUUUCUUACUGCAUAACCAGCCCCCCGCCAUGGCCUGAGGCUAUACUGCUUGGAUUCCAACACUAUCUUGUCAUGCUCGGGACAACCGUUAUGAUACCUUCCCUUCUAGCUCCUCAAAUGGGAGGCGGAAAAGUAGAGAAAGCUCUAAUGAUUCAGACACUGCAGUUUGUUGCUGGUCUUAACACAUUAACUCAGACACUCUUUGGCACUCGUCUUCCGGCAGUCGUAGGAGGCUCUUACACAUUCGUCCCCGCGACUCUUUCAAUUGUCUUGGCGGGUCGAUACAGCGAUGUUUUGGAUCCUCAAGAGAAAUUUAGGAAGAUCAUGAAGGCGAUUCAAGGCGCGAUGAUCGUGGCGUCGACACUUCAGAUUGUCAUCGGAUUUAGCGGUUUAUGGCGCAAUGUCACCAGGUUUAUGAGCCCUCUUUCGACAGCUCCACUGGUGGCUCUUACAGGGUUCGGUUUGUACGAAUUAGGCUUUCCUCUGCUCGCUAAAUGUAUCGAGAUCGGGCUGCCUCAGCUUAUCUUGCUCGUGAUCUUUUCGCAGUAUCUUCCGUAUGUAAUGAAGGGCGGGAGGAAUGUCUUCGACAGAUUCGCGGUGCUGUUCACUGUUGUUAUCGUUUGGAUCUACGCUCACUUGCUGACUGUCGGGGGAGCGUACAAGAACACGGGGCAGACAACUCAGCUGUCAUGUAGAACUGAUCGUGCCGGUAUUAUUGGCGCGGCGCCUUGGAUUCGAGUCCCUUAUCCGUUUCAAUGGGGCGCUCCAUCGUUUGACGCCGGGGAAUCCUUCGCCAUGAUGGCGACUACCUUCGUCACUCUCGUCGAGUCCACAGGUGCUUUCAUUGCUGUGGCGCGAUACGCUAGUGCGACUCCCACCCCGCAUUCUGUCCUAAGCCGCGGAGUCGGCUGGCAGGGUGUGGCCAUACUGUUCUCGGGAAUUUUCGGGACCGGGACAGGAUCAUCUGUCUCUGUCGAAAACGCCGGAUUGUUGGGACUUACGCGAGUUGGUAGCCGUAGAGUGAUACAAAUAUCGGCGGGAUUCAUGAUAUUUUUCUCAAUACUCGGGAAGUUUGGAGCAGUAUUUGCUUCUAUCCCUGCACCAAUUGUGGCUGCUCUCUAUUGUCUUUUGUUCGCGUAUGUUGGUGUUGGAGGACUCGGAUACCUUCAAUUUUGCAACAUGAAUAGCUUUAGGACAAAGUUUAUUCUUGCAUUCUCGAUCUUUAUGGGGCUAUCGGUGCCACAGUACUUCAACGAGUAUCUCUCGAUAAAGGGUUACGCGCCUGUCCACACGCACGCCCGAUGGUUUAACGAUAUGAUCAAUGUUCCCUUUUCGUCGAAGGCCUUUGUGGCCGGGGUUGUGGCGCUCGUUAUGGAUGUCACGGUGCCUCCUAAGGACAGCACGACGAGGAAGGACAGGGGGAUGCAUUGGUGGGACAAGUUUCGGUCUUACAAGACCGAUACUCGAAGCGAAGAGUUCUACUCUUUACCUUUAAAUCUCAACAAGUUCUUCCCGUCAGUCUGAUUAAAUUCCCGAUUUUAUAGGGAUGUCAUACAUCUCUAUUCCCUCGGCAAUCCGUGUAACCUCGCCAUCGUCGAAUGCUAGCCUUAAUGUCAUGUUUGAAUA